AUGCUUAAAGAGAAUCGCGAGAAGAAAGAAACUCCGGAGAAGCCGGUUAUUUCUGAACCAAGCAACUUCGAACACACUGUUCACGUUGGAUACGAUCCUGCUACGGGUGAAUUUACGGGUAUGCCUUCAGCAUGGGCAAGGUUGUUAAUGGAAUCACAAAUUUCGAAACAAGAACAACAGCAAAAUCCUCAAGCUGUUCUCGAUGCUCUCAAGUAUUACACGCAAGGCGAAAAUGGCACCCAACAAAAGUGGCUGCAAUAUGACAUGAGUGGAAGCGCCGAUUCACGUAAUUCUCCGAAGCAUUCAGUACCGCUUUCGAAAUCGCCUUACAGUUCGUCAAAACCACCAGCUCCGCAAGGAUAUGGUAGCUUGAACGAGAAUCGCACCAGCAUGCCUCCAAAUUAUGCUCCUCCACCCGUUCCUGAAGAUGAAGAUCCUGCUGAUUGUGCAGUACCACCACCAAUCCCGGAUCGUCCAGCACGUACACUCAGCAUCUACACAAAACCAAAAGAGGAGGAGGAACGUGUUCCGGAUCUGUCCCAGGGCCAGUUUGGGGUGCAAUCGAGAGGUAUUGCAAAAGGGAAGAGGAAGAUGACAGAUGCUGAAGUACUGACUAAACUGCGUUCUAUUGUGACAAUAGGAAACCCCGAUAAAAAAUACAAGAAAAUUGAUAAGAUUGGUUCAGGAGCAUCUGGGUCGGUUUACACUGCAAUGGAAAUGAGUACUGGAGCUGAAGUAGCUAUAAAGCAAAUGAAUCUCAAGGACCAACCGAAGAAAGAACUGAUCAUCAAUGAGAUACUGGUCAUGCGUGAAAAUAAGCACGCGAACAUUGUGAAUUACCUUGAUUCAUACUUAGUAGGGGAGGAACUGUGGGUUGUAAUGGAAUAUCUGGCUGGUGGAUCUCUUACUGAUGUCGUCACUGAGUGCCAGAUGGAAGAGGGAAUGAUUGCAGCAGUAUGCAGAGAGGUUCUUCAAGCUUUGGAAUUCUUGCACAGUCGACAUGUCAUUCACAGAGAUAUCAAAUCGGACAAUAUUCUGCUAGGAAUGGAUGGCUCUGUGAAAUUAACUGACUUUGGUUUCUGUGCACAAAUUUCUCCUGAACAAAAUAAACGAACCACUAUGGUGGGAACACCUUAUUGGAUGUCCCCUGAGGUUGUGACGAGGAAGCAGUACGGACCGAAGGUAGACGUUUGGUCACUGGGUAUCAUGGCAAUAGAAAUGGUCGAAGGAGAGCCUCCUUACUUGAAUGAAAACCCCUUAAGGGCCAUAUAUCUUAUUGCGACAAACGGAAAACCUGAUUUUCCAGGAAGGGAUCAGUUGUCCGCAUCAUUUAAGGAUUUCAUAGACUGCGCCUUGGAAGUUGUAGUAGACAAUCGCUGGUCAGCGAGUCAACUUCUUACACAUCCAUUUCUCCGAUGUGCGAAACCGUUAGCGUCCCUGUACUACCUCAUCGUUGCCGCUAAGAAAAGUAUAGCAGCAAGUUCGUAG